UGUGGCUUCCAGGGACCCUCCUGGUAUCCUGGAUAUUCCCAGGAGAGGAUGUUCCACCACCUACCUUUCGAGCCAGGAAUUCCAGACCCAGAUGAGGAAGGCAACCCUGCCGAGGAGGAAGAUGAGGAGGUGUGGGAGGAUGGAGACAGCGGCCACCAAAGGCUGGGGAAGGCACAAGUCCAGCCCUUUGCUUCCCAGAGGUGGUGCUUUAGGGAAACCCCUCCAGCCUGGGAAGGAGCUUUUGGCUCUGGACACAUUCCCAGUCCCCAGGAGCAGCAGGACCUGUGCUGUUUCAGCAGGACAGGAAAAACCACUUAACUCAUCCCAUCUCUGCCCAAAGCUUUGGUGUUUGAGCAGCCAAACCCAACGGGCUCCGGCCUGCACUGGAGGGCCCCUGGUCCUGCCCGUGGUGUGGGAUGCUGGAAUUGCCUCUGGAUGUGUGCUGAGCUCUCACUGCAGGGGACUGCCAGGCCUUAAUGGUUGCACCAAGGACAGGAGGGGCUGCUUCCCUUCCUGGGGCUCGGCCUCCUCCCGCCCUGCGCUCCCAGCCAGCUGGGACACACGGAGGGAACACCGAGGAACAUUCCUGGCAGGGAGCAGGAGUCCCCGAGGGCUCCGUGCAGCUCUGGGCCUGAGAACAGCCCCGGCCUCAGCCCCCACCGUGACUUUGGGCUGUGAGCACUCACCUGCAGGAAACGCCCCUCUGCAGGCGGGACCAGCCCCGACACUCUCCAGAAGAACUCGGGGCUUGUCUUGCUCAUUUCCCCCUGGAAAGGGGCAUGGCACAAGCACCUUUACAAGCCAUCAGGAAAAUGCUGGAAAAGACAGAAAAUCAGGAUUAUGGGAAGAGUUUUGUGUUGUCAUGUUAGCUGCCAGCCAGUUCUGCCCUAGAGCUAUUCCAGAGCCUGGUGUGUAAAGCAGCAUUAACAGAAAAUUUGCUGAUUUGCAUAGGAAUUCCCAUCCCAGGCAGGACUUUCCUCCUGACCCUGAGACUGGCUCAGGUGCUUGGAGCAGGGUGCUGAGAAGGGCAGGAUUCCAAGUUUAAUGCCCACACGGGCCAGUCACUUAUCAUCGUGAGACCCGAUGAUCCUCGUGGCUCUUUCUAACUCAGAAUAUCCUGUGCUCUGGAUAUAAACAGUUUUCACUGGUUUUUUAAACGCAAAAUUGUUUUGCAUUGGAGACUGCGAGCCAUAGGGAAAGUGAGCGGCCCGAGCAGAACCG